AGGAGUACAACGCCGGAGUAGACUGGUAUUCUUUCGGUGUCAUCUUGAAAGAAAUGGUUACCAGUGAUUGUGCGUACCAUCAGACAAUCGAUGAUGCAUCCUCCGGCAUUAAGAACAUCAUUAGAAAGCUCCUUCGGAAAGAUCCUGCCAGACGCUUAGGAGUUAAUGGUAACAUCAGAAAGCACCGAUUCUUCCAGCGUAUGGACUGGGUCUCUGUGGAAGCCCUAGAGUUGCCUCCACCAUACACACCUGAGCCAACUGAACCUCAUCAUCGUCCUAGACCAUUCCACCUGGACAAACUGGAGGCAGCAGAGGUCAGAACACCUAUUUCAGCAGCGGACCAGGCCUUGUUCGAGGGAUUUUCUUUUUGUCAACUUGGAAACCCUUGAUGAAACACCAGCUCCAUAGUCACCAGAGCAAGCUGCCCCCCCUGAGCCUCUGGAAGAGGAAGAUCAAGUGAAGAAGAGAAGGCUGGACAUCACUGCAGAGAUCUACAAGCAAGUCCUGCAGGAAUGAAGAGGAGGAGAAUGAAGCACCUUGCUGCGUCUGGCCCCACAUUCCAGAAGAAAGAAGAAUCCUAAGAAGAACAAAGGCAAG